UAUGUUUUACAUUUUAGUCUGUGAAUCUAACCUAGCACAUUCGUUUCGUCAUUAGUUUGUUAAAUAUAUUUUUUAAAGUGAAUCGUGUAAACAUAAAUUAAAAGAAAUAUGAAUGAAAGUUUCAUGAAUGAAUUAGAGGGGGCUGCCCGUGUUAUAAUGGCUGCCCCCAAUUUAGUCACAAAUGAGGAAAGACGAAAAGCUGAGCAGAUUCUGCUCGACUUCAGAAAUACAAAAACUCCCAUUCGUACAUGCAGACAAAUUUUGGAAAAAUCGAAUGUAGAUUACUUGCAUUUUGAAGCAGCAGAAGUGAUAAAAAGGGGAAUAGUCAGAGAAUGGAAUUUUGUAUCAUUUUCAGAUAAAGAAGAUCUAAUAAAUUACUUAUUCAACUUUGUUGUUACAAGAGAUAUUCCCUGUUUUGUAAGGGAUAAAAUACUUAUAGCAAUAAGUAUAAUGGUGAAAAGAAUAAGUGCUGAUGAUAAUGGAAAACAAAGAUGUAAUUUAUUGAAUCAGGUUGAGGACUUGAUUAAUACUGCUGAAAACUCAAAGAAAAUAUUAGGCUGUCAACUUAUUCUAAUUCUCAUGCAGGAAUAUGCAACAACAUGUAAAUCAAGUGAUUUGGGUUUGCCUUGGGAAGUCCAUAACAAAUGCAAAAAGCAAUUUGAAAACACAGAUUUAAUACGAAUUUUCAAAUUUGUUAUGGGAUUAUUAAAGGAUGUUACAGGAAUUGAUACUCCAUUUGAACCAAUCACAGCACAUUUCAUUAAAAGUUUAUUACAAAUUGCAGAACAAGUUAUGAUUUGGAGCUAUAGCAGCGUAAUUGAUAUCCUUGCAAAUCUAAUUUAUAAAACGAGGAUAGUCGGACAAUUUGAAAGCACCCGUGAUGUGGAAGAUUAUCCCCUGCUGUAUUUUACUGUAGAAUGGAAGGAAAUAUUGCUAGCUCCUGAAUUGGUACCACUUAUGUUUAUGAUAUACUGGAAGGUAAGGUAUUCAGAAGAGCUCUCCCACCAUGCUCUUACAUGUUUGGUACAAUUAGCCUCUGUGACUGCUAAAGGUAUGGAUGGAAGAAAGAUCUAUAGUGAAGAAGCUCGAGUUGCAUAUGUGAUCAGAUAUCUUGAGAAUUUUUCAAAACUCAUUUCGAGUGUUAAUAUUGAUGGAAAAGAAGCGCUAGGAAUAUCUUCAAUUGCUAAAAAACUUUGUUUUUGUUAUCAUCAUGAAAUUGCUCAUGGAUUAAGUACAAAUCAACAAGAAACCUUUUUAGAAGAAAUGACAACAUUGACUGUCUACUUUUAUGAAAAAUCUGUGACAGAUGAUCUCGAUGACUGUAUUUACGAGGAUUCGUUCAGAAAUAUGAUAAGUGUUUGGUGCUAUUUAUUCUCAGACUAUGGCAAAGAAUCAAAAGUUGCUUUAAUUAAAGAUCUUUCUAUUCGUAUAUUCAGCAAAUAUGUCCAGGGUCGUAUUUCUCCUCCAAAUGGCUAUAGGAAGAAUAUUACCUAUGAAGAAGAAGAGAUCUUAAAUGAGAAUGAGGAGGAUUCAGAUAGGAUCAAGUACAAAGAUCAACUCCAAGUUAUUGGAAUUUUCGGACGCUUUGUACUGGAAUAUUCACUGCCAAUUUUAUACAAAUUAUUGGAAUAUGAGACAGAACAUCUAAAAUCUAUACUGCAAAUCAUGGAGGUCCGUGCUUUGACCCUUGAAGAAUCCACCAGAAUGGAAAGCGUUUUCGAAGAUCUCCACUGGACUCUCAUAAUAGCUGGACAUGUUUUAGCUAUGGACAGUGACGGAGAAACACCAUCUAUACCUUCAGAAGUUAUGUCUCAUUCGUUGAGGAGGAUGAAUAUGCAGAGUAACCUAGAUGCUACCUUAAAGACCCUAGCUAAAUCUCAAGAUCUCCUUUGGGUGAACGAUUGCAUUGAUCAAUGCGAUGAUGUGAUCAGGAUCUUCUCAGCUGCUCUACGAUUAUGUGUCAUUGAGGAUUCUGCUGCUUCUAUCAAGUUGGGGCACUUUAUGAGCCCCCUCGUGAGCUGUUCUCUGAUGUGGUUCAUCAAACGGUUCUGUAUGUAUUAUUUGGUACCAAACGAUAGUGACCAUUCACAGCUGAGUCCCAUCUUUAUGUCUACACUUGGGAAGCAUACAGAAGGAGCCAAUUUUAUAAUCAAUUUCAUAAUAUCCAAAGUUCAGAAUAAUAUAGUGAAUUUUUAUUCAGAACCUGUACUUUUGCAAGACACUGUGGAUUUGUUUGGCGAUAUAGUCUCCGUGAAAAAUAAGUCUCAGUAUUUCAUGAGCGCAGAUAAUAUCUGCAGUCUGAUUAACAUGCAGACCGAACUGAAACCGGGACAUCUACCUCCUGAAAUUCGACGUGGGCUAUACAGAGGCUUCGCCUUAGCUGGGAUUACCUUCUGUCAAGACCCCAUCUUGAUGACGCAGUACAUGGAAAAACUAUUUCAGCCAAUUCAAAGUAGAUUCAACAUGCUCAUAUCGAACGUUAAAUUGAAUAUACACAACGAAGCUGUCCAAAAUGAACUGAUUGAUAUUUUAGAAUGUCUUAUCGGAAUUUCUAAAGGAGCUGCAAUGAGAAGUGCACAAGAUAUUUUCAACAAUAUGUACCCAAUAAUGGAAGCAAUGGUGUCUUCUCUAAGGGUUUAUUGUAAUUACCAAGUGAUCGUUCAAGCUACUCUUGAGCUAAUGAGUCAGUCGGCUAGAUAUAUGGUAUGUUAUCUGAAACAUGACCAAGCUCUCAAGAUGUUCCGUUACAGUAUUGAGUUCAUCAAAUCAUAUUCCAAUUGUCAGGCGAAAAGAUUAACAUCUGACAAAUCAGCAGAAGAAUCUAUCAUCCAAGAUUUAUCUUUGAUAUUAGACAUUCUAACAUAUCUUUUAUCGAAAGAUUAUUUAGAUUUUUGUCCGUCUGAUAAUGCUGAGAACGCUGUGAAGGCAUCAACUCAUGUUAUGCAAGGGUUUUGCAUCAUAAUGCCUUUCCUAAAUAGUGAUAUGUUGAAGUAUCCAAAUCUUUGUUUGCAGUAUUACCGCCUGUUGACACAUAUCAACGACAUGUGUCCCAAAGAGAUCUGUUACUUAAGUAACGGUGUAAUGAUGUCUAUACUAGGGACAAUUGAAGUGGGUUUAUCACAAUUUGGACCAGAGAUAACGCAGUCUUGCUUAGAUUUCAUCACAAGAGUUUGCGGUUAUAUGUUCAAACAUAAGUUAAGUCAUGAGCGCAUUUAUGAAGUAUUAAGACCUUCUGUCAGGAUGCUAUUAAAUAUGACCUUAUCCAAUCAAAUCAACUCAGACCUUUUGAGUAGUGUUGGCGAAUGUAUGUAUCUAUUGAUGUGUUGCUACCCUGAGGAAUACGAGAUGUCUACUAAUGCGAUGGUUCAAAUGCAGCAAGACCCAAUGGUAUCAAAUAGAUUAGCGGCAGCUUUUGAAAGAUUGCUGUCAGGUGUAGAGUUUGAUAAUGAAAGAACAUCAAGGGUUAAGUUCAAAUCAAACUUUGAAAAGUUUGUGUUCCAUGUUCAAGGAUUUUUGCUAGUGAAAUAAAUUUAUUUUUUUACUGGAUGUGAGUGAUGUCAAUUGACUUGGUGAUAUUUAACAAGUUGAAUCCUAGACUUGAUUGUGAUUUUAAGAUGUAUUUUUAAAGAAGCAAUACUUUAUCAGUUUUCAAUUGAGACACUGUUAGAUGUUGCAAAGGUUUUGUAUGGUUUUCAAGUGUGUUCCAUUCAAGUGAACAAAUAGAUCUUCUUCUUAAAGUUAGAGAAUGCUCAAAAGUCAAAUUAAUCUUUUUCAUCAUGAAAAAUUUCAUAAUGAUACCAAAUUAUACUGAUUAAUUUUAUUAACCUUUUUUUAUCAGGUUUUCUGAACUUAAUAUACAGAUUGUGAAUAUAUAAGAGCAAAAGAAUUCGAGGGAUGAUUCUUUAUAGAAAAACCAGAGGUUUUUGAUUUCCUCUUAAAAACAAAAUAAAUAAUUAGAAUGGAAUCAAGAGGAUGUAAUCUGCAAACAAGAGGGUACUAUGAAAAUAUUUUGCUGGUAUUCCCCUGUAGUUCAAAGGGUAAGCCACCCCUUGAGCUUGUGUCCCACAAUACUUCAAAUUUUCAUUUAAAAUUAAAUUUUACAAAUUGGAGACUAAUAACCUCUCUUGUAAUUGUUUCUUAUAAUUAACAUUCCUGAAAAAAAAAAAAGAAAUUGCUAUAUAAAUUCAAGAUUGAUUGGAAUUCCAUCUUGAGCAGAUUAUAUAAUAAAUCAGAAUAACUCAAGCUAUUUAAAUGAAUUUUUAAAUGAUAAACUAUGAAUAAGGAAAUAAUUUUCAUAGGAAACGAUUUUAGGGGUAGCUUAUUCUUCCCCUGAGAACUACAGAGUAAUAUCUCGAAAUAUUUGCUGAAUACUCUCUUGUUCGUAGAAUCCUGUCCAAUUUCAUUUAGGUAUUGUUUUUGUUUUUAAAAUAGAUUUUAAAAAUGAUAAAAAGGGUUUGGUUUAAUUAUUUUUUUAAUAAAAGACCUAUUAUUUGUCAGAGUUAUCCCUUGAACUUUUUGCACUUAUUUAUUUACACCUUGUGUACCGUAUUAUAUCUCAUUCAUUAAUCUUUUUAAGAGAAUCUAGUACGACAGGGUGGUUCAUAUUCUAUGUCUUAUAGUGGGAUGUCCAGAACUACAUCAGUUAGAGAAAAUGAAUAGCACAUUUUUUGAAAAACUGAUGUAAACCACAUGUCGAUAUUUUCUUUUAUUUCCGAAAUAUGAACAAACAUUUUUCAUUUUUAUCAGACCAUCAUAACAACCUUGAUGUUAUCGUUAUGAAACAAAAACAUUAUUGCAGUUAAAAUUUCAAUAGAACCUGAUGGUUAUACUGAAAAAUCAGUUUCUCACAAGUUUUUAAGUAAUAAUACAAAGUUAUGUUUUUCCCAAUUAGUACCUAUUUUUUCACUUUAUAUUAUAACUCAAAAACUUAUAAGAAAUUAGUUUUUUCAGUAUAGCCAUCAGAUUUUUUGGAAAAUUUCACGUUAAUAAUACUUUAAAGUGAUAGCAUCAAGAAUACGGAUGGUUUGAGGAAAUUGAAAAUUCCAAUUCAAAUUGUAUCUCAAAAAUGAAAGGAAAUAUCGAGAUGCAGUUUUUAGUUUCUCUCGUUUCUCAAAGAUAGACCUUUGAAAAUGUGCCACAAAUUUUAUCUAACAGCUGUAGGUUCACAUCUCCCAUUAUUAAACAUAAAAUUUGAACCAACCUGUACAUAAAUACUAAAGAAAAUUUUUUGUGAUAUUCAUAGUUUCUAUAAUAAUAAGUUUCUAUAGUAAUAAUAAAUUUCAAAGAAAGUUGACAAUACUGGCAUGAAUCUUUCAGUGUUUUUGAUUUAAGGUUAUUGUUUUUAUCUGAAAUAUAUUAGAUACAAAUAUUUCAUCUCAUUAUAGUUUGUCAAGAAAUACAUAGUACUGUAUGUUAGGGUAUGACAUAUGUGUUGGCUGUACUGGCCCGAAUUAUUGAACUGAUUAUGUACCAUAGAAUAUUACUUAUUCAACCUUACCUACUUGUAACUAUACUUUUUACAAAUUUUACUUUUUAUCUCAUGAGUUUAUUGCAGUUUUAAAUCUUUCAAGGAAUAAUAAUAUAUAUGUUGCAAGCUUAUCAAAUGGGACCUCAACAAUAUUCCAUUUUGUGGGAAAAUUAUUCGUAUCCCUUGAUUUAAUAUAAAGUAGAAGAGGAUUUCAACUAAUGUGUACAUCACUAUCAAUUUUUUCUAAAUAAUACGUCUUUAUAGGAAUUCUUUUUUUCACAACUUUUUGUUCUAUAUUUUCAUACCUAAUAUUUACAUUCAAAUUUUCUUACACUUUCAUAUAAAUCAAAUUGAGUUGAUUAUUUUUGUCUCAAUUUUGUAACUUGUGAAGUUGAAAAUUUUUGGAAUAAAAUAUGUCAUAGUUUGAA